AUGGCCAGACCGCCUCCCGAGUCGUGCUUCGGGCGCCUGGGUGAUGCGCUACGGGUGUUGGCCCGGGACCUUCUCGGCACCGUAGCUCGGGGGGAGGAUGAGGUGGUGGGCUGGGAAGGGCUCUGGUUCUGCGCCUGGGCCGCGCCUACAAAGGCCCUUACGAGCUUCAUGGGGGUGAAGAUACCGUCACAGCUGGCCCUAGGCAUGGCUACUCUGAGCUAUGACCCUGUAGCCUGGGGAGCCCUGGGCAUCAUGCUGGCCAGCUCGGCAGUCAUCUCCUCCCGCGCGCAGAAGUAUCAGAACGAGGAGCAGGUGGUGGCCACUUGUGCUGCCAAGGUCCUGUCCACCUCGGCCGCAGCUCAGCUGGCCGUGUGUGCGGCGGAAGCGGUGCACCAUCUGCAUCCCCUGGCGCUGUCCCUGCCCAUCUCCUCACCCUUCCUGGCCGCGCGGUUCUUGCAAGACUGGGCCAUCCUCCCCAUCUGGCUGCGAGGACUGGGCACGGCCUCGCAGCAGCCAGCUGUGGUCGAGAGGGUCAGCAGGUUCUGCGUCGUCGGCGUGCUCUUCCAAGCGGGGGCCGCCAUCUGGGCCGACAAUCUGAUGGUGGCCUGCGGGCUGCUUGCGCCCGCGACGCUUUGCAUCUCCGCCGCCUCCUUCCAGGUGCUCCUCCGUCUGAAGGGCCCCCAGCAUCUCGAGGGGCUGCAACUGAGCAGCAUCCUGCUGUCCCUCUACAUGCUCUUCAGCGGCUUCCUGGAAGUUCUGGGCAUCAGCCACGCCGCGACGGAGCCCCAGAUGCUCGCAGAGUACGCGGUGCUUGAUGUCCUUGCCAAGGUGACCAGCUGCCAUAUCCUAACGAAGAGCAUGGGACACGCUUCUGACCGAGUGGUGUCCGUUACUGGAGACUGCGUGGGCCAGCGUCAGCAGCAUCCGCACAGUUUGAAUGAGUUCCGCGACGCCCUCGAGGAGGCUGCGCGCCUCCAGGCAUUACAGGGCGACAGCUCCUGA